AUGGCAAACCUUUUACCAAAAUUAUUUUCUGUAAAUUUGACUGACCCAGAAUCAAAUCGAAGUUACACAAUUUCUGUUACCGCUGAUGAAGCGAAGCGUCUUGAAAGAGAGCAAGACGUAGAAACGGUUGAAGCUUUGGAUCCCGGUUUGAAUUUUGAUGAAAUUGUUGACGAAUCUCCUAACAGUACAAAUGAAGAUUCAGUAUUUAAAUGGCCUCAUGAAGCAAUUCUUAUGCUUCUUGAUGAAUACGUCAUAAUGUCACAGGUCCUCAAUGCCAGUCAAAGAAUGAAGAAAACUUACAAAAAAAUAAAAGACCAUAAUAAUAAGUCGGGCAAUUCUGCCAAGCAUUGGCCGUACUUGACUUUAAUGGAUGAUCUGAUGGGGGAUAAGCCUUUUAUAUCACCACUUGCUACUUGCUCUUCAACUGGAAAAAAAAAAGGACAUUAUCUGAAUGCAGUAAUGAAAGUAGCACAAGUAGUGAUGCGGAUAAUUUUACAACCCAUUACACCGACUAAUCAGUUAAUUGCUUCAUUAGAAGAGCGAUCAUUGAAAAGUGAGGAGAAUAAAGAACGUCGAUUUAAAGAAUUUAUGGCUUUUAAAGCUCAAAAGACAGAAGAGGCUCUUCAAUACAAAAAACGAGCUUUGGAUUUAUUAGAAAAGCUUAUAAAUUCUAAAAAUAGCUCUUAG